AUGUUGAAAUCGCGCUUCAAUAUAACAGAAAAGGAGGAGGCGGAAGAGCAAGAAGAAUAUGAGUCGCAGAGCGAACCGAGUGUGAGUCGUAGAGCAGAGGAGGCAGUUCAGGAAUUCGAGCAUUUGGAGAUCAGAUUGGAGAGGAAACUCAACAGGUCAGAAGUCAGCGUGCGUCUCGGCCAUCUUGGAAAGACGGCGGAUGGAGAUGGGUAUGCAUAUCUCAAGGCCACGUGCACUGGCAUGGGCUUGACGGACAUAAGAGCUUUGGCUGCCUUCGAGCACUUGCAGUUCGUCGACGUAUCAGACAACCUGCUCACUAUUGAAGCGCUGCAGGUCGUUACCAAACUGCCGUUCCUCGUUCUCCUGCACGCCGAUAGGAAUCGGCUUAGUUCCGCCUCGCUAGCCAGGUCGAGAUACCUACAGGUCGUCAUCUUGAACCACAACAACAUAAGAUCCGUGCACGACGUGCACCAGCCGGAGCUGAGCACGCUAGAGGUGGGCUACAACAAAGUUGAGAAGAUCGAGUUCAAUAGCAGAAUGCCUACGCUCAAGUGUCUCGACUUUCGCUAUAACCUCAUCGCGGACGUAUCCAACUUGGACUUUCCGAAUUUGGACAGUCUGUACUUGGCCGGAAACAAAAUAACGAGCCUAGCGGGCAUCGAACGUCUGACCAAUCUGAGGAUACUGCACAUGCGGAAUAAUCCUAUCGCGCUGCUGAACGGUUUCGACCAGACCCUCGCGAAGCUGCAGUACAUCAAUCUGCGUAAUUGCAAAGUGGCAACAUUGAAACAAAUUAGGAAAUUACAGGUGCGGAUA